CCUCGGCCUCCCAAAGUGUUAGGAUUACAGGCGUGAGCCACCGCGCCCGGCCCCUUCCACCUCUUCUAAUUGGACUAUUUUACUUUAGAAUAGUUUAGGUGUACAUAAAAGUUGGAGUUCCCAUAUGGCCUACUCCCAGUUUGCCCCCAUUAUAAACAUCUUACUUUAGUACGGUGUAUUUGUCACAACUAAUGAACCAGUAUUGAUAUAUUAUUAUCAACUAAAGUUUACGCUUUAUUCAGACGUUCUUAGAUUGUACCCAGUGUCUUUUUUUUUUGUUCCAGGACACCACAUUAAAUUUAAUCAUGUCCCCGUAGUUUCCACUAGAUUGUGACAAUUAAGUUUUUGAUGAGCAUGACAGUUUUGAGGUGUUUGGUAGAUCAGAUAUUUGGUAGAAUGUUCCUCGAUUGGGAUUUGUCUGAUGCUUUCUUCAUGAUUAUCCUGAGGUUGUGGGGUUUGGGCUAUCACAUGCUUAAUUCUAACUAGGAUGAUUCUUGUUUCCUACUUACCCUUUAAGGGGGAAAAAAAACACAUGUUUAUUUCAUGGGUGUGGUGUCUUCUCUUGAUUUUCAGAGGAUAUUAAUUUUACAAUACAUAUUUUUAAUCUUUGAUUUCUGGCACUCUUUCUUCUGUUAUUUUGUCUACUUAUCUGGUCAUCUCUCAGAUACCUGUGGUCUCGGGCACACAACUGAUUGGAAAUUGGGUGGACUCUUCAGUGUGGGUGCCUGGAUGGGAGGCUGGCCUUUUCAUUUCUUGAGUCCCAUGUUGUGGUGUAUAUAGGUUUUCUUUCUCUGGGGCUGGUGUUUCAAGAGAAGACUUCCUUGUCUUUGCCUGGGGUGUGGAGGGUGGUGUGGUGUUUGUCUGCUGCCCUCCUGUGAGGAGCAGCAGAAGUGGGGGGCCUGAGGCUUCCGAGGUUUGCCACUCAGGUUCUCUCUCCGCUUUUUUUUUGGGUCUCCUUUCCCCACCCCUUCCCCCUCUGACCUGGUGUUCUCAAGUCGAGACUUCUCUUGUUUAAUGUAUCCAGUGGGGGAGGGAAGGGGCUGUGGGUGUCUAGCUGUUGCACUUGUAGCCUUCAACCAGUCCCCCCACAUCUGAGUUCCCACCUUCCGCUUUCAUGCAAGGUGCCUGCCGCCUCCUAGGACCUCCUGAGCCUUGUGUUAUCCUGGGUGAAGGGAGGUUUUCCCCUCUGCAGUUCUCAUGUUGUGGCAUCUUUCAGUCUGUUAGAUCUGUUCAUACUUGUGCCCACUCUUUGCCAAAACUGUCCCUAUUGUUUGGGUUUCCCAUUUUCAUUUUCGGGGGCUUUGGAAGGAUGAGCUGUACAAGCCGUCAGUCUUUCUGCCAUGUUUAACCAGAAGCCCCCUGUAUUCUAAAUAGUGUGUGUGUGAGUUGGAUGGAAUUGAAUUAAGGGCCAUCUGUGGGAUGUGUGUGUGUGGAGAUGUGUGCACAGCCCUCUUUAUGCACACGGGUGUGGGAGUACUUUUGUCUGAGCACAACUCGGCUGUCUUUUCCCCAUGAUCGAGCAUGGCUGUCUUUUUGUGUCAGAACCUCAAGAGCUGCCAUUUGGUGUGGUGGCUGCAGAGCAUGGUGAGGCCCAGAGGUAAGGCUGGUUUUGAUGUCUAGUCAUUGGCAUAACCUUCUUACACAUGUGGAGAGUGAACUUCUCUGUCCUUCUCUCCAGACGCCUUGAGAAGGGGAGCCCGAAGCCCUGGAGGCAGAGAGUUCAGCCAGCUGCAGGGGGUGAUGGGGUAACCACCACUAUCUCCUGAAUUCCUCUGUGCCAAGGAGCAUUGAUCAGGGUGCUGGUGGCGCACUUGGGGAUCAUCAUCUCUUCCUUCUAAAGCAGCUCUCUGUCCCACUUUGUCACUGAGAAAACAGUAAGUGCAGGAGGUGAUAUUUGGCCCCUGGCCCCCUCUUCCUUCUGGAAGCUUGUGUGUAGAGAAAGCUGCUGCUUGCAAAGGGGGUUCAUCCUCUGUAGGGAGUGUUUGCCCCAGAGUGUUUAUCUAGAGAUUAGGUGGGAGUUUAGAUUCAGCGUUGGUUAUGAUCUGGUGGGUGAUAGAACCAGUCUUGGUUUUUUUACCCCCCUGUGUUUUUUUCCAUGAGUCUUCGUGAGGACACAGGGUUUAGGAGGGUGGGGAGGAAUGCUUUCUCCUGGGCUGAAGGAAGUCACUUGCUGCCAGAGACAGGCCAGCCUGAUUUGUCCUCUUCUCUUGCGCCCAGAUUCCAGCUUGCUCCAGGUGACGUCAUUCCUACAGGGGAAAGGCUUUGGGUGUAAACAAUGGCGCUGCCGGGCAAGCCAGGGACAGCUGCAGCUGGCUGGGAUGUGGCCUUCCUCCUCCCUGUGCUUGUGCUCAGCUCAGCCUUCCUGCCAUCCUGAGUUUUCUUUAAAAUUAUUUUCAUAGUUUUAAAAAACAAGUAGCAAAUCUGUUUGGAAUUAAUACACAGUGUUUUAUGACCCUUUCUGCUGAAUUCUUUUGAAUAGGAAGUCAAAACACAAUAGAACACGGGCAGGAGGCAGAUGAUUAGUAUUGCAGCGUGACAGCACCCGGAAUUUAGGUGGCUCGUGCUGGUGAAGAGAGAUCCAGGGAUCUAAUCUGGGAGCUCGUUUAGGGAUGAUACUUCUCUGUAAUUUUUUAAAGCUUUACAGUUUUUCUGUAUCAAGCAUAUAUUCCUUUUGUUACUAAAAGUUGUGAUGGAGAAAGAAAUGAGCAGAACUGGGAUUAUCUACUUCCGUAAGGCCAUCUAUUGUAACAUCAGGGAGUGACUGCAGUGAAUAGCUAUGUUUAUUACCCUAAAGUGGGAAGCCUUGAAACUGGGGCAGUUUAGUGUGGUUUAAAUUAGUCACAGUGGAGUGUUUAUCUCGAGAGGGUUUUCUGAGAAUCUCCCUGCAUCUCUGUCUUCCUGAGAAUUAAUUAAAGGGGUCCGCCAGCAGAUCCUAAACACCUGGGAGUUUGUCCUCAUGGUGUUUGAAGGUCUGCUGUCUGUACCAGCGCCCUUAAAUUGUGACACACCAACAUGGGGAUGGGUCCCCGGUGCACAGGAGGAGGCAGAAGCACAGGUGCCUGGUCUACCCAGCACCACCCAGAGCAGCCCUGCUGGGGAACGGAGGCUUCCCUGGCUGCACAGGAGUCUGGAGAGAUGAGCACUGUUGAAAGCUGGUAAUGGGAUGGACCACAGAGAGAACAACAGCAGAACCGUGGUGAGGUGACAGCUGACAUUGGUCGAGUGCCUACCGAGGACAAGUGCUGGGUCAAGUGCAGGGUCUUUGUUCUCUUGUUUGUUCCUUACAGCGGACCUGAGAGGUGCGAGGUGAACAUGGUAUGUUCACCUUACUUAACCCACGAGGAAAUAGACCUCAAGUCACAGUCAGUGUGGAGUGGAGAUCGGGAGCGGUGCCGAGAAAAAUUUCCUUACUAGAUGACAUUUCAUCGCAAUGUCCGAUCGUUUGGGGCAAAUUACCAAGGGCAAGGAUGGGAAAAGCAAGUACUCGACUCUCAGCCUGUUUGAUAAGUAUAAAGGAAAAUCAGUAGACGCGAUUAGAUCCUCAGUUAUUCCUAGACAUGGCUUACAGAGUCUUGGGAAAGUUGCCGCAGCCCGGCGCAUGCCACCGCCUGCAAACCUGCCGAGCUUGAAGUCUGAAAACAAAGGAAACGACCCCAACAUCGUGAUAGUACCCAAGGACGGGACGGGAUGGGCAAACAAGCAGGAUCAGCAAGACCCAAAGAGUUCCAGUGCGACGGCCUCUCAGCCGCCGGAGUCGCUGCCGCAGCCGGGUUCGCAGAAAUCUGUCUCCAAUUUGCAGAAACCGACACAGUCAAUCAGUCAGGAGAAUACAAAUUCAGUGCCAGGUGGACCAAAGUCAUGGGCACAGCUGAAUGGAAAGCCAGUAGGACACGAAGGUGGUUUAAGGGGCUCAAGCCGACUGUUAUCCUUCUCUCCCGAGGAAUUUCCGACGCUGAAAGCAGCUGGAGGGCAGGACAAGGCUGGCAAAGAAAAGGGCGUCUUAGAUCUGUCGUAUGGGCCAGGACCAAGCCUCCGCCCUCAGAAUGUGACAAGCUGGAGGGAGGGCGGUGGGCGACACAUAAUUUCUGCCACGUCUCUGAGCACCUCCCCAACUGAGCUGGGCAGCAGGAACUCGAGUACGGGAGAUGGAGCCCCCUCCUCGGCAUGUACCAGCGAUUCUAAGGACCCCUCUCUCCGCCCGGCUCAGCCUGUCCGAAAAGGGGCUUCACAGUUCAUGGGAAAUGUAUACCACCCACCUACAUACCAUGAUAUGCUUCCUGCUUUUAUGUGUUCGCCAAAGUCAUCAGAAAACCAGGGUACAGUGGAACGAGGCUCUUUUCCCCUUCCUCAGCUCCGCCUUGAACCUCGAGUUCCUUUUAGACAGUUCCAGAUGAAUGACCAGGACGGAAAAGAAAACAGGCUGGGAGUGUCUCGCCCACUCCGCCCGCUAAGGCAGCUGGUGGAGCGGGCACCACGGCCCACCAUUAUCAAUGCGGAAAAUCUGAAGGGCCUUGACGAUCUGGACGCCGAUGCCGAUGAUGGCUGGGCAGGCCUCCAUGAAGAAGUGGACUACUCUGAGAAACUGAAGUUCAGCGAUGAUGAAGAGGAGGAAGAAGUUGUGAAGGACGGCAGGCCAAAGUGGAACAGUUGGGACCCUAGGAGGCAGCGGCAGUUGUCAAUGAGCUCUGCAGACAGUGCGGACGCUAAGCGGACUCAAGAGGAAGGGAAGGACUGGGCUGAAGCAGUGGGUGCGUCCCGUGUCGUCCGAAAGGCGCCAGACCCUCAGCCACCGUCCAGGAAGCUUCAUGGCUGGACACCAGGCCCUGACUACCAGAAGUCCUCAAUGGGCAGCAUGUUCCGGCAACAGUCCAUCGAGGACAAGGAGGACAAGCCCCCACCGAGGCAGAAGUUCAUUCAGUCGGAGAUGUCCGAGGCGGUGGAGCGAGCCCGAAAGCGCCGGGAAGAAGAGGAGCGCCGAGCCCGGGAAGAGAGGCUGGCCGCCUGCGCUGCCAAACUCAAGCAGCUAGACCAGAAGUGUAAGCAGCAGGCACGAAAGGCAGGUGAAGCCCGGAAGCAGGCCGAGAAGGAAGUGCCCCGGUCUCCAAGUGCUGAGAAAGCAUCUCCCCAGGAAAACGGCCCUGCUCUCCGCAAAGGCUCCCCAGAAUUCCCUGCCCAAGAGACCCCCACCACGUUCCCAGAAGAGGCACCCACAGCGUCCCCAGCAGUGGCACAGAGCAGCAGCAGUGAGGAAGAGGCCAGAGAGGCUGUGUCCCCUGCUCAGGAGUUCAAGUAUCAGAAGUCCCUUCCUCCCCGAUUCCAGCGCCAGCAGCAGCAACAACAGCAGGAGCAACUGUACAAGAUGCAGCACUGGCAGCCGGUGUACCCCCCGCCAUCCCAUCCCCAGCGCACCUUUUACCCACACCACCCCCAGAUGCUGGGCUUCGAUCCCAGGUGGAUGAUGAUGCCUUCCUACAUGGACCCACGCAUCACGCCCACUCGGACCCCAGUGGACUUCUACCCCUCCGCCCUGCAUCCCUCAGGACUGAUGAAGCCCAUGAUGCCCCAAGAGUCCCUCAGUGGGACAGGCUGUCGCUCUGAGGAUCAGAACUGUGUGCCCCCACUCCAAGAAAGAAAAGUGACCCCCAUCGAUUCACCCCCUGUGUGGAGCCCAGAGGGCUACAUGGCACUGCAGAGCAAGGGCUACCCGCUCACGCACCCGAAGUCGAGCGACACCUUGGCUAUGGACAUGCGUGUCAGGAAUGAAAGCUCUUUCUCUGCCUCACUCGGAAGGGCAGGGGGCGUAAGUGCCCAGCGCGAUCUCUUUGAGGAGAGAGGGGAGGAGUACUUGAGUGCUUUUGACAAGAAGGCCCAAGCAGACUUUGACAACUGUAUCUCUUCUCAAAGAAUAGGCCAGGAGCUUUUGUUUCCACCCCAAGAAAAUGUUCAGGAAGCGGGUGCUCCUGGGGUUCACACCCAAAACCUCAGGUGUUCCCCAUUGGAGCCUGACUUUGUCCCAGAUGAGAAAAAGCCAGAGUGUGGCAGCUGGGAUGUUAGCCACCAGCCAGAGACCGCUGACACAGCCCAUGGUGUCGAGCGGGAGACAGCCCGGGAGGGGACGGCCUUUAACAUCUCCUGGGACAAGAAUGGGAGCCCCAACAAACAGCCGUCCUCGGAGCCUGAAUGGACUCCUGAGCCCCGGAGCUCCAGCAGCCAGCACCCGGAGCAGACGGGCAGGACCCGGAGGUCGGGACCCAUCAAGAAACCAGUCCUGAAAGCCCUCAAGGUGGAAGACAAGGAGAAGGAGCUCGAGAAGAUUAAGCAGGAGCUAGGGGAGGAGAGCACCCGGCUGGCCAAGGAGAAGGAGCAGAGCCCCACGGCCGAAAAGGACGAGGACGAAGAGAAUGACGCCUCUCUGGCCAACUCCUCCACCGCCACUUUGGAGGACAAAGGCCCUGGCCAUGCCACUUUUGGCCACGAGGCCACCAAAUUUGAAGAGGAGGAGAAACCUGACAAGGCCUGGGAAACCAGACCCCCACGAGAGUCCAGCGAUGUUCCCCCCACAAAGAGAAAUAACUGGAUCUUUAUUGAUGAGGAACAAGCCUUUGGGGUCAGAGGGCAGGCCCGGGGCCGGGGCCGUGGUUUCCGAGAGUUCACUUUUCGUGGUCGGCCUGCCGGCGGAAACGGGAGCAGCCUCUGCGGCGGGGGGGUCCUGGGUGCCCGCAGCAUCUACUGCAGCAGCCAGCGCAGCGGCCGUGGCCGGGGCCUGCGAGAGUUUGCUCGGCCAGAGGACUGCCCCAGAGCCAAGCCCCGACGGAGAGUUGCCAGUGAGACCCAUAGUGAGGGCUCAGAGUAUGAAGAACUUCCCAAGCGCCGCCGGCAGAGGGGCUCCGAGAACGGGAAUGAAAGCUCACUCCUGGAGAGGGAGGAGAGCACCUUGAAGAAAGGCGACUGCAGAGAUUCUUGGCGGUCCAACAAGGUGUGCUCCGAGGACCAUAGCGGUCUAGAUGCCAAGAGCCGAGGCCCUCGGGCCUUUGGGCGAGCCCUCCCUCCCCGGCUGAGCAAUUGCGGGUAUGGACGGAGAACCUUCGUCUCCAAAGAGUCACCCCACUGGCAGAGCAAAAGUCCAGGCAGCCCUUGGCAGGAAUAUGGCCCUUCCGACACAUGCGGAUCCCGGCGAUCUACAGACAGAGACUAUGUCCCGGAUUCCUACAGACACCCUGACACGUUUGGUGGCAGGGGCUUCGAGGACAGCCGCUCAGAGGACAAGAGGUCCUUCUUCCAAGAUGACCACGUGGCGGAUUCUGAAAAUGCAGAGAACCGGCCCUUCAGGAGAAGGCGCCCCCCACGCCAAGAUAAGCCGCCUCGCUUCCGGCGCCUCCGGCAAGAGCGGGAGUCCCUGGGCCUGUGGGGACCCGAGGAGGAGCCCCACCUGCUGGCAGGUCAGUGGCCAGGCAGACCCAAACUGUGUUCUGGGGACAGGAGUGGCACUGUGGGCCGCAGGUCCCCUGAGCUCUCCUACCAGAACUCCUCUGAUCACGCCAAUGAGGAGUGGGAGACGGCCUCCGAAAGCAGCGACUUCAGCGAGCGGCGGGAGCGGCGGGAAGGCCCCGGGUCUGAGCCUGACUCCCAGGUAGACGGUGGCCUGUCGGGGGCCAGUUUGGGUGAGAAGAAGGAGCUGGCCAAGAGGAGCUUCUCCAGUCAGAGACCACUGGUUGACAGACAGAGCCGAAAGCUGGAGCCGGGAGGGUUUGGGGAGAAGCCCGUUAGGCCAGGUGGUGGUGACACCUCCCCUCGCUAUGAGAGCCAACAGAAUGGGACGCCUUUGAAAGUCAAAAGAUCCCCAGACGAGGCCUUGCCUGGAGGUCUUAGUGGCUGCAACAGUGGGAGUGGCCACUCCCCCUAUGCCCUGGAGCGGGCAGCCCAUGCCAAUGCUGACCUUCCCGAAGCCUCCAGUAAGAAGGCAGAGAAGGAGGCCAAGUUGGCUGCUCCGAGGGCAGGUGAACAGGGAGAGGCCAUGAAACAGUUUGACCUGAACUAUGGAAGUGCCAUCAUCGAAAAUUGCGGGUCCAGUCCCGGGGAGGAGAGUGAGGUGGGUUCUAUGGUGGGCGAAGGCUUCAUCGAAGUCCUGACCAAGAAGCAGCGCCGCCUGCUGGAGGAAGAGAGAAGAAAGAAGGAGCAGGCCGUGCAGGUGCCUGUCAAGGGUCGAGGCCUUUCCUCCCGUAUUCCUCCUCGAUUUGCGAAAAAGCAGAACAACUUAUGUCUGGAGCAAGGUGACGUGGCCGUGCCCGGCAGCAGCCUGGGCACUGAGAUCUGGGAGAGCAGCAGCCAGGCUCUCCCUGUGCAGGCCCCAGCCAACGACUCCUGGAGGAAAGCCGUCACUGCCUUCAGCAGCACCGAGACUGGCUCCGCGGAGCAGGGUUUUAAGAGCAGCCAGGGAGAUAGUGGCGUUGACUUGAGCGCCGAGUCUCGGGAGUCGUCUGCGACCUCCUCACAGCGCAGCUCCCCGUAUGGGACUCUGAAGCCAGAGGAGAUGAGCGGGCCUGGCCUGGCGGAACCCAAGGUUGACAGCCACAAGGAGCAGGCCCCAAAGCCAUCUGAGCAGAAGGAUUCAGAACAAGGCUCUGGACAGAGCAAGGAGCACAGACCAGGACCCAUCGGCAACGAGCGUUCUCUGAAAAACAGGAAGGGCUCAGAGGGGGCCGAGCGGCUGCAAGGGACUGUGGUCCCACCUGUUAACGGGGUAGAGAUUCACGUGGACUCCGUGCUGCCUGUGCCACCCAUUGAAUUUGGAGUCAAUCCAAAAGACUCCGAUUUCAGCUUGCCGCCUGGUUCUGCCUCUGGUCCUGCUGGGAGUCCGGUUGUUAAACUUCAGGAUGCCUUGGCCAGUAAUGCAGGGUUAACACAGAGUAUCCCCAUCCUGCGGCGGGACCAUCACAUCCAGAGGGCCAUUGGUCUCUCCCCAAUGUCCUUCCCCACCGCCGACCUUACUCUGAAGAUGGAGUCUGCGCGCAAGGCUUGGGAAAACUCCCCCAGUUUGCCGGAGCAGAGCUCUCCAGGCGGCGCUGGCUCAGGCAUCCAGCCUCCAUCCUCUGUGGGUGCCUCCAGCGGGGUCAACUACAGCUCCUUCGGUGGAGUGUCCAUGCCACCCAUGCCUGUGGCCUCUGUAGCACCUUCUGCUUCUAUGCCAGGCAGCCACCUCCCGCCCCUGUACCUGGAUGGCCAUGUGUUUGCAAGUCAGCCCCGGCUCGUUCCUCAAACGAUACCUCAGCAGCAGAGUUACCAACAGGCCGCCGCUGCCCAGCAGAUCCCUAUCUCCCUUCACACAUCUCUGCAGGCACAAGCUCAGCUUGGACUGAGGGGUGGGCUUCCUGUGUCCCAGUCCCAGGAGAUCUUCAGCUCCUUACAGCCCUUCAGAUCUCAGGUGUACAUGCACCCCAGCCUGUCACCGCCCAGCACCAUGAUCCUCUCUGGGGGCACAGCCUUGAAGCCUCCGUACUCUGCGUUCCCAGGCAUGCAGCCCUUGGAGAUGGUGAAGCCGCAGUCUGGCUCACCCUACCAGCCCAUGAGCGGGAACCAAGCCCUGGUCUAUGAGGGCCAGCUCGGCCAGGCUGCAGGCCUGGGUGCCUCCCAGAUGUUGGACUCCCAGCUCCCACAGCUGACCAUGCCACUGCCUCGGUACGGCUCGGGGCAGCAGCCGCUGAUCCUGCCCCAGUCCAUUCAGCUGCCGCCUGGGCAGAGCCUCUCUGUUGGGGCCCCCCGAAGGAUUCCUCCGCCCGGGUCCCAGCCGCCAGUCCUGAACACCAGCAGAGAGCCCUCUCAGAUGGAGAUGAAAGGCUUCCACUUUGCCGACAGUAAACAGAAUGUCCCUUCAGGAGGCCCCGUGCCAUCGCCACAGACCUACAGGCCUAGCUCUGCUAGCCCCAGUGGGAAGCCCUCUGGAUCAGCAGUUAACAUGGGCUCUGUGCAGGGACACUACGUGCAACAGGCAAAACAACGAGUGGAUGAGAAACCCAGCCUGGGAGCCGUGAAGCUGCAGGAGGCCCCCUCGGCUGCCUCCCAGAUGAAGCGAACCGGAGCGAUCAAGCCUCGGGCUGUCAAAGUGGAGGAGAGUAAGGCCUGAUGGUGCCUGGCUGCCACCUCACGUCGCCCCACUGGGGAUGGUGCCGCCAUGCGGCCUUGACAUAGCCGACACUCGGGAGCCUCACCAGAUCCACCGUCCAAAUGCCUGGCCCGGACUGAGAGACCUCCCUCCUCUCCACUCCCGAAAGCUCCGUUGUCAACCAGCUUGCACCCGUGGAUAUAUGGCAUUGACCCGCUUGCUUUGAUAUGAAACAAAAAAGCAAACGACACCUUCAUCCCAUCUGCUCCCACCGUGACCGUGGAGUGACGCCUCCCGUGCAGUGCAGAUCCGCCCUCCCUGCCUCCUCCCUGUCCUGCCGCACAGCCAGGGCGCCUUCUCAGCAGUGCUUCCGGCCCAGCCGCCCAGUCCUAGGCACAGUGGUUUGGCAGCAGGGUCAUUUUACUUUGAGGCUUUUUGUUUUAAAAUGUAGCCAAGGUUUUUACAAAGGGGAAAGGAAAAGAAAACAGAAACGCAAGCUCCCUGUGUAUAGCUGAACUUUUAUAUGUUUCUCGCCAGCCCCUCUCCUCCCUCCCAUCUCUAGCCUCUGUCCUGUUUAAUUUGUUACGUCACUGCAGUACCUUAAGAGGUGACUCUUAAGAAUGCAUCCCCUCCUGAUUCCUCAGCUGGUUCAUCUUUGAGGUUAUUUGCAAAAAGAAAUGGAGGUUCUCGAGGGCACCCGUCGCGAGCACUCUGGUGCCUGGCUCCCUGCCUGGGAAGCAAUGGGCUGCGCAGAGCAGCAGGCAGGUGGCGGCGGGGGGGGGGGUCACAGUUGGGUUCCAGCUCCUGGCCUGAUGAGCCCAGGGUGCCUACAGGCAGCCCAUGAACUUGAUGUCGGUUUUAGCAUGAAGUUGAUGACGGUUUUAGCAUGAGAAUCACACAGGGUCCCUGUCCUGAGCUGCUCUGAAGCCGGUGGAUGUGCUGAGCACUAGAGACCAGUCAUGGAGGUGGCUGCUGGUGGCUCCCAGGUUGGCCCAGAUGGGAUGAGCUGAGACACCACAGGCCCAUCCCAGGCCCCAUGCCCUCUGCUUCUGGGGCUCCACACCCUGCCCCUCGGGCGCUGUGUUUCACGCAUUCUUUCCUUGAAGCCUUUUGUAACCUGUUGUUUUCCUUCCUUCCUCUUCUGGAGCCUGCUGCUUCCUCUGGACCCGUCUCACCUCCCACACAGCUCGUCGUGAACACCACUUGGUGACGGAGGAGUGGACCUGCGUGUGGUCCCCAAGUGAGGCCGCUGGGAGUUUGUCCUUUUCCUCCUUUGCUUCACUCCCAGCAGCAGACCCAGGUUGUCAGGACAGGAGGGCCUGAGCUAAGCAGCAGGCAUCAGUCUCAUUUGUCUUCAGAUGACCGGGGCGGGGGGCAGGGUGAGGCUGGGUAGAGGGCUGACCAACGUCCAGAGGGCCUGUGCAGUCUCUGCAGGGGCAGCUUCUCCAGCCAGAGGCUUGUGUGAGCCAUCGUGUGCUGGGCAUGUCGUCGUUAAAUAAGAAACAAGGAAAUCACUCCAGAUUCUGUCAUUCCGAGGAAAGGGAAGGGGACAGUUCAAGUUUCUUAGCUGUUCUUAGGGGUCACUGAGCGUCUACCUGCUCUUCCAGAGGAGGCCAGCUCAGAACACUGUGAGGAGAGGGCCGGGGAUGCACCGCCCAGAGGCUGCCCUCGGCGUCUCAUGGGUGCAGGACAGCGCUUGGGCUUGGGCUCUGAGCUCUGUGUCUAGUGUAGAACAUGGGGAAGGAGCAUCUUAGGAACUGCUAAAGUAACUUCUUACUGCUCUCACAAUUCUAAGGAAGUGGGAGAACGGCCUCCUACAAACAGUGCCCACCCCAGAGCUGCCUGGGAAGGAGCAGUUUUACUGAAGGCUGCUUUACUAUUCACCUGCAUCUUUCAGCAGCUCCCCUCCUGCCCUCACCUGGUCUUUUCCCUCUUCAUCCAUAGUCUUCACGCUGGAGUCCUUUCCCCAGGGGCUGUCCACCUGACAGUUCCGGGCAUUCCCUACCUGAGCUGCGUGUCUGCUUUCCCUUCUCCCACUGCAAGCGGCUGCUUGUGGGGCCUGGGAUGAGCCCUCUUUGUCCCUAUCCGCCCCCCUUGCCAAGCCAUUCCUGGGUGAGUCCAGGCCUGGGGGAGCCACACAUUCAUCUCCACCUGGACACUUGAGCCACAUGGCGAGACCCCUCCCACCUGACGCGGUGGUGCGUAUGAUUUGUCGAAAGAAAAAGCCUCCGGAUGCUGUUAAAAAGAUACACCCUUCAGGUGAACCUGGCAUCAGACCCACAGUACUUGCUGUUUGAGAAAAAAUAAAAACAAAAAGGUCACCUGUUCUCCAGCCCUUUUCUCUUACCCGGUAUUUCCUUCCUUCCUUCUCCCCGACCCCAAAUAAAAAAACAAAAAACACUAGAAUUUAUUUAUAUGUAUUGAUGUUGUAGGUCUAGAUGAAAAAAAAGAAGUAAAUGUUUCACUGCUCUAUUUAUAUAUAAUGUCUGAAUUAAUUCUGUGCAGGAAAGGCCAGGAAAUUGCAUGUGAAGUUCGGUGCAGUCACCACCUCUGUGUGACCUGAGCUGCAGUCUCUUCGCUGAGAUGCAGAUUUUAAAUGAGACUGGGGGCUGAGGGCAGGCCUCAGGCCUCCCAGCGCCCCAACCCCUCCUUGGUCUGAUUAAAUGCAGUUCUUAGUGCAGAGACGUUUUAAGGUGCAAUAUAUCUCUUCCUUUCACGUGGUUUUAGAGCCAAGCUCAAGGUAGUAGGACGUAGGGUCUUAUUUUGUUUUCAAACCCCCAUCUUCAGAGCGCAGAUACAUGCAGAGGCUUCUGCCAGGAUACCACGGGGCCUUGGUGGGAACAGGUGGAGACCAGCGCUUGCCUUUUCUGCUGCUGAGUGGGGGGUCAGAACCCACUCACUUUUGCCUGCUCAAGUUGCCCUCUUCCCGAUGCUGACAGCUCUGCCUUUGCCAUCGGGGGUGCGGCCCAUUGCUCAGCAACCAGUGGCCUUGCGGUGGUAUUUGUCCACUGUCCGCUAGAGUGGAAUGAAGUCCCGAGUGUGGGUGUGCAUCUGAAAUGCUCAUCCACCCACUGGGGACUUCAAUGCCAGCUGCAUUCGGUUUGGUUUUCUUCACUGUUGGCUUCUCCCCCCCGUUUUUUUUUUUUUUUAAACAUUUGUAUUGUUUUCAAACUUGGAUUUCAUAGAUACUCUGGCUCUAGGUUCCUUAAGGGGAAAAACAAAGGAUGACUUUAUUUCACAUUCAAGAAAAUCAGUUCGGUUCCAAAGCUGUGGUCCUUCCAGCCACUUCUAGGGACACUGGGGUACCUUGUUAAACAUUGACAUCAGUGCUCUCCAGCCGAGCUGUCGCCCUCCUAUCUUAAUGGAUCUGCCUUCCGGAUGGUCAGUGACGCCUUCUGGAAGCUGAGCGCACCCAGGUGCACGGCCGUGCUGUGGCCUGGCCUGCUGCGGCAGCAUGGCAGCUCUGGUGGAGCCUGCUCCCUUGCCAUUUGGUUCCCCUCUGCCAAGUCACUGCAGGCUGCCCCUCAAAUCUUCAUUCGUCCCUUUUCACUUCCUGCAGAGCAAGCCUAGGUAAGAGGGUCUGCUGGAAAUGGCCUUUGAAGACCAAGGAUACCAGAGUGUGUGUGCUCUGUCAUAUUCUGUGAUGAAUGGGAAACAGGCUUCCAGAAAGCCAGCUGUCUUAUGAAAUGUGACGGACCGAAGCAGGAAGUCACCCAGGACAGGAGUGGCUUGGUGUUGGAGAUGGACGCUGUUGCCCCGCCACGCUCCACCAGGGCCACCAGUGUGUAUCUGGCUGGUGGUCUUCGGGCACCUGCUCUUCACUGUCUCUACCCCAGUUGGUGGCCUCCAGGAUGGUAGUGGCACCCCCAGAGCCCCAUCUUCAGCAUGUUCUGGAGCCUUGGAGUGGAAAUUCCUGCUAAGGCUCUGUGCGGACGCCUUUCUCCCAUGAUCUAAAGGGGACACUGUACUCUUAAGCUUUUGACCUCAUGCCUUGUGUAGUAAAAAAGGAUUUGGGGGUUUUUGUUUGGUUCCUGAGAGGGCUGUGUUUUGUUUUGUUUCCUUUUGUUUAUGUUUUGGCCUUUCCUCUUUGUCUUUCCAUGUAGACCAGAUAUUUGAAAGGGCAGACGAUGGCUAGAGGUGUAAGUGCAGCUUGUUUAGACGUUAUUUCGGGAAACUUACCUUGGAUGGGAAAUGGAAUCGUGGAUUCACCAGGCCGGUGCUGGCACACUCAAACCCUCGCCCUUUCCCUCCGGUUCAGUACCUAUUGUUUCUCCUUUCAAAUAUGUGAUUGUACUAGCUCUUUCCAUAUGAAAGAAUUCUCCUUAUUUAAAUAAAAAAAAGUUAAAAAA